UUCCCCACAUCCUGCUUGGUUAAUAUUAAUGAGAAGAGGUCGGGGCGCCUCUGAUUGGCUCCCGAUCCCAGUUUCCAGGACAACCGAAACAAAACGAACAGUUUCAGACUACCGAAGGGCACGAGCCCUUUAGUUCUAGACACAUAUUGGGGUGUUCUUUUUUUUUUUCCCCAUUGAAAAUGGAUGGAGAGACAGGAAACGAGGUGAAGAAUGUUAGGGUGGCGUCAGCAGCAGACUCUACCAGCGAGGAGGACAAUUGUGCUGUGACAGGUCAUGGAAGUGAAAAGGAAGAUGUCAAAGCUGAAACGGUUGCAUCAGAUCAUGAUGAAGAAGACUCUGAAAGUGUGAACAACCCCACUAAAGAGGCCGCUGUUGAAGAAGCAGCAGCAGCCACCUCUGAGCCAGAGGAGAACACAAGCGAAGACUUGGAUGUGAAGACAAAUGAAGUCAGUGAACAGCCAAAUGAAGUCAGUGAACAGCCAAAUGAAGUCAGUGAACAGCCAACGUCCCACGAGGAGAGUGCAGCUGUUUCCCAGGUUAACAGCAGCGAUGGCGAUGGGCCCCCCAGUCUGCAUCCUGAGACCCCGCAGAGAAAGAAGAACACUAGUCCUACACAGGCCGAAGAAGAGGGAUCCACCGCUGCUCCUGCAGACAAAGAAGACAGCAACUAUGAAGACAUCCAUCAGCCCAGGCAGGAGCAGCGUGAGGACAGAGACGUCCCCAGGCCCAGCCAACGCCACAGGCUGCUGCAGAUGAAGCUGGCAGAGUUCUUUCAGAAGAAGGCCGGGGACGAGCCCCAGCUGGACAGGGAGGUCCCCGUGUCCGAGCAGGAGUAUGAGAAGUACGUUGACCUGCUGGCUGAGCUGAAGCAGCAGCUCGCCGCCGAUUCAGAGAGCGCUCAGAGGCAGGCAGAGGAGCUGAGGUUCAAGUCCCAACAGAGGCUGGACAAGGUGGAAAAUGAAUGGCGAGCGUUGGUGGCACUGAAGCAGGACGUAGCUGUGACGGUACUAAGCCGGCGCCUGGGUAAACAGGCUUCUCAGGCCAAAGUUGAGGCAACCCUGGCAACAGAGAAGCUUCUGCAGCACGAGCUGAUCAUGCUGCGCCGUAAGCACAUCAAGCUGCAGAUCAAGAUUCGCCGGCUGGAGGCACAGCUCCGUGAAGGGGACCAACGUGCCAGGGACCCGUUACAGCUCCAGUUUGAGCAGCUGCAGGCUGAGAGGCUGGAGCUGAAGAAACACACCAAAAAGCAAAAUGAGGAAUCUUCAAAGAUGCAUAAAAAGAUCAGCAGCAGCUUGGAGCUCCUGUCAAACGUCAAGGAGAAGCUGUUCUGGAGCCAGAUGGAGGUCCAGGCCAAGAGAGAGCAGCUGGCCGUGGUGGAGGCCACGGUGGCCAGGAAGAGGGACCUCCUUACCAGGACUCGGCAGGCCCGCAACGGCCUGCAGAGAGACAAUGUGAGGCUCAAGGAGCACCGUGGACUUCUGGGGAACAGCGUCCUGCUACGGGACUUUGAGGAUACGGUGGACGUCUCCGACCAGCUGGAGGAACAGCUGGAAGAUCUGAAGUGCCGGCGAGCCGAGAUGGUCUUCAGUUGUGGCACGUGGAGGAAGUAGCUGGAGACAACUUAAUGAAUGAAUGAACAGAUGACUGAAUUAAGAUUUUAAGGUGCGAUCAGACUACACAAUAUCAGCCCGAAAAAAAGCCAGAUUCAACAGAGUAGGGUCAUCAGGUCGUUGUAAAGCCAUUGCCUGUGGUGUGUGCAGACAAUGAAUAAUCCAUAAAUUAUUGUUUCUAGUUGGCAAAAACAAUUAUGUCGGGUUGAGGUAUUCUUUCACCACAUUUUGAUAGCUGUGAAAAUAUAAUUGCGUCAUUAGUUGCACUGAAGCACGUUACAUUUAGCAGGAAUUAAUGUAAUUUCCCCAACCCACCAUAUUACGACCAGAAGACAAAUGUCACAAAUGAAACAAACCAUGGUCAGGACUACUUUACUAAGGCAGUAAUGCCCACUGGCCAACAUUUCUAUACACUCUAUCUCAGUGAUUCCAAACAGUCGCCAGGGGGUAUGGGGAAAGAUUAUGAAGAAGCUCAACAAAAUUGAAAAUAAUUUAAAUUAUGAUUUGAUUAAUCAGCUGUAAGACCUGAACACUACAUGUUGUGUAAGAGUGUGUGGGAACCAGUUAGAAAGUUGAAACCAUUUUAUUUCUAUAGUUUAAACAGGUAGCUAAAAGUAAUGGAUAUAUUGUAGAACUAAAUAGCUAAAAGUAACGCCUGAACUGCUGAAAUAGUUAGCUGAAAGUACAGAUUUAACAAUUGAAAUGAUUAUCCUAAGGUAGUGGAUAAAGGUUGUAGUCUCGCAUUGCCAGACCUUCCUCCACAGCGCUGUGGAGGAAGGUCUGGCAACGCGAGACUACACGAUUGCUGACCAAACCAACCUAAAUAUUGGCUGUUCAACAAUCAUGAAAUACAUUACAUAUGGAACAUACAUUGGGAAUGGAUGAAGGGGUACGUUGGGUUCACCUGACAGUGCUGUGGGGGUACCUUGGACCAAUAGUUGACUUAAUAGUGUUUGCCUCCUUAGGAAGAACUUAAUGAGGUUGCAUUGACUUGGAACAACUACAGAGUCCGUAAAGUCCACAACUCCUGUAACCUCAUGGACGUCUCUCCAUAUUGCUAACGGUCCCUCACCCGCGUGGAGGCAGGAGAUUGUUUGCACCAUGUGACCUGGAGAAGUCUGUCUCGAAGAGAGUGUGUUCAAGGACUUGCCCAUGUGAUAAAGAUGGGUUCCAUGACUGUGUAGACCUUAUGUCCGAGUAUAAUCUGAAGUUAUCAAAAGAUAUGUUUGAAAAACUGAACCUGUAAAUCGAACACCGACAGCUAAUAAACAGUGAACUAGAUGUUGAUCAUUAA